AUGGAAACCACAGCCACCACAGGCUAUCCUAAUACGAAGGGUGGAGAGUCUGGGCAUCCAUCAGAUUACCUUGCUCAGCUAAGCUGGAAUGAGCUCCCUAUCUUCAUGGCCAUUCCCACGGCAGAGGACAGUCUUGAUGACACAGCGAGGAAACUCUACAGCCUAGCUGAUGCUGUCGCGAAUGGCCGUAGCCUAGCACUUUCGGCCAAUCAAUCUUCUCUUCCUACCAGACAGACUGCCGAAAGCUUCGCCAAGGAGCGUAUGCUUCCCCAAGAGAAAGAACACUACGAGAUGUGGAAGGCGGGUACAAUGUUUCUCCCCCAUUUCGACUGGAACUCCAAUCAAAGCCCACUGCCACCCAAUAGCGAGAAGACCUUUGAGCAUCGGGCUGCAGCCAUGAACAUAAUUUGGGGACGUCAAGACGCCACGCCAGAAAAUGCGGUCUGGCUAACCAACAAUCUGUCAACCCUGCUCCCGCUGGUCAAGUCUAUUAACAAACUCCAAAGUGCCGAGACACACUUGCAGAAGUUCGACCCACUCGCGAAACAUAGCGAAGCUGAAGUCGCCGAGAUUCAGACCCUGCAACUCAUCUCUGCGACCGUCGAUGCGAACGUGGCACGAGAGAAGGAACGCCUGCACCGGGUGUUUGACUCCAUUAACCAGUCACAGGUGACACUGAGGGAACGGCUGAGAUCUCUUGGCAAGUAA